GCUGGCCUGAGAAUAACCCACGCGAAUGGACGGAGUGGUUGCGAUUUUUAGAGCUCUUUAUUUAUUUUUGAAAGUAUUUAACUGCAUGAUAGAUUUUUUAGAUGUAAUUCGCGGGAUCACCAAAGCACACAUUUUGCAGCCUGUUGGUGGUUGUUUAUGUGGGUAGGCUACAGCAUGCGCCAAUAUCUUACAUUAUAGAGAUAGAGGGAGUUGGCUAAAAACUGGUGAUUCACGUUGCCAUAUUUAGAAGCACCCCUGUUGGCGACUGUUGUCUUCUGUCAACUGCGUGUGAGAGACGUAGGAGGGGCUGGCUGGGUGUCGCCACAUGCACCAGAAGCGCUUAUCAAACUGUUACAUGCCACAGAGCCGCAAAUAGGUGCCGUUAACCCCUGGCGCGCGAUCAGUUGUGUACCCUCCCGUCUAAGCCCAACUGAAAGACAAAACUGAUGAACUUUUACUGAUUUAUUUGGAGAUUAAAUUCUGCAGAGGAGCGCGCUGUGAAAGCCACUGUUGGAGCGCAUUUGUUGCGCAGCUGGCACUUUUCACGGCACGAUUACGCACAGAUAUAGUUACGAUGGAGCAAAUGCGCGUAUGACUGUGCGAGUGAGAAAUAGAGAGAGAGAGAGAGAGAGUAGAUGGAAUUCAUCUGCGCUAUAUUGACAAAAAUACGUGGAAACCCCUAUGCAGAUAUUAAAAAAGAUUAUUUGUCGUCUAUUUUCCUUCAUUUUUUAAAGGUUGACAGACAGGAAACGGGGGCAGAGGGAUCCCCUGUCUCUCUAUUUUUGUGUAAGGAUUUUGUAUGCCCGAGAUGUGACUCUGACUUCAUUGAAGAGGUGACAGAAGACUCCAGUCUCUUGCAGAAUAGCAGAUCAGCGGCCAGUGAAGAUUCAAACUUGCUUUUCUCAGAGUUAUGGCAACUGCUGUUUAUGGAGCGCUCUGCUCUGCUGUCUCAUCCGCCCUCAUCAGAGUGCGACCCAGAUGACAGCGAGCAGAUAUCUGCAGGUCAGAGCCGUCUUUCUCUAGUGUCGCCAGGCUUUACUGAGGCCGGAGAACCAGAGUCACCUUCCCAACCUGAACAAGAGAGGUCAUCCAGGCCUGAACAAAGGCCUGCAGUGGAAGGGAUCGUGCAGCAGUUCUUGGCCGGCCUGUUUGCCAACAGCAGAAACUCCGGUGCUGCACCAGCUGCACUAUCCAGCAUGCUACAGUUGCACUCAAACCCUGGAGAUUAUGCGUGGGGUCAGGGAGGUCUGGAUGCUGUUAUCACAGAGUUGUUAGGACAGCUGGAGGGCACAGGUCCACCCCCUGCAGAAAAGGAGAUGAUCUCAUCCCUGCCAACAGUUUGCAUCUCUCAAGAACAGACAGACUGCAGACUGGAGUGUCCAGUUUGUAGGGAGGAGUAUUCAUCAGGGGAGUCUGUCAGGAAACUACCCUGCCUCCAUUACUUCCACAGUGAAUGUAUCGUGCCUUGGCUGGAGCUGCAUGAUACCUGCCCAGUGUGCAGAAAAAGCCUUGACGGUGUCGACAACAGCCUCCUGCCCACAUCAGAACCCCCAGAACCUCGCUCCAUCAGGACAGAGCAACAGGAGAGGCAGGCAAUCUGAGAAACUGGCCAAGCAAAUCUACCUCCCUUUACUUUUUUCAAGAGACAUGCUUCUCACCUCAGACCUUUCCCUCUGCACUGUCUGCGUUUAAAUAAAAUGCAUUACAUCCAUCACAGUCAUAACUUACAGCUUCAACUCUCACUACAGUACACUCAUCUCUGCUAAGGACCUUUAUGUUUUCUACUCCAACAUCUUCACCAUUAUUAGGCUACACUACACACAAAAGGAUGUGCAGUUUGCAGACGAGAUGUGGAGGUGAUGUGUCCGUCUCGCUACACUGCUCUCUUAAGUGGUUUUCUGAACGACUGACUUCCACCACUGAGCUGCCAGUGGUUGUCAAAAUGAUGUGAAUUCACAGAAUUAUGAAGUAACACUUUUGCAUUAAGGCUCUUGGUAAGACGAUUUCCUAAUGCAGAAUAUUUUGUUUUUCCACCCAAUCCGAUCCAGCUUUGAUGUGCUCCAGAUAUUAAAGCUAACCCUGUGAUCCCCACAA